UCAGUGGGUGGAGCCAAUAAGCAGGAAGUAGUUUAGUCUUCAGACGCCUUCAACGCUUUUCUUCCCAGAAUGUUGAGUCCAUGAAGAGCUGCUAUGAGUCCACCCAGCUUGUUCAGAACCAGACUUUCUCUGAAGAACACAUUUGGUCUCUGGGAACCAGAACCUGAUUCUGCUCCGGAUUCUGUCCUUCAACCUCAACCCAGCUGUUUGUCAUUUCGGAGCAACCAAUCAAAAUCAGCACCUCUUCAAUUUAAAGGAGGGUUCUGUACAUCUGAACCGGAUCAGUGCCAGUUCUUUCUCUCCAGUUCUGAUCCAGAACCUGAAUGCAGUUGUUUGUCCCUGAGGAGCAACCAGGCAGGAGGAUGGAAAUCCCAGCCAGACCUGAGAGUGGACCAGCAGAGCUCGGAGGCUCCCAGAGGUCCGUCUGCACAGCAGCAUCAAACACAUCUGGACUCCAUAUUUACGGAACUGGAGCGAAACAUGAUCUGUUUUAUAAAGAACGAGCUGAAGAAGAUCCAGAAGGUUUUGAAUCCAUGUUACCCAGAAUGCUUAGAGAGUCAGAAGGAGGAUGAGGAGAUGGUGGAGGGUGAUGAUGACAAGCAGAGGAGGAGGAGCAGCACAGAAGCUUUGCUGAAGAUCAUAGUUUUCUUCUUGAGGAAGAUGAAUCAGGAGGAACUGGCCGAGCAUCUGCAGAGCAAAACUCCUUCCAUGUGUCAGGAUAACCUUAAAUCCUCAAUGAAGAAGAAGUUCCAGAGUGUGUUUGAGGGCAUCGCUAAAGCAGGAAGUCCAACCCUCCUGAACCAGAUCUACACAGAGCUCUACAUCACAGAGGGAGGGAAUGGAGAGGUCAAUGAUGAACAUGAGGUCAGACAGAUUGAAACAGCAUCCAGGAAACCAGACAGACCAGAAACAACAAUCAGACAAGAAGACAUCUUUAAAGUCCAACCUGGAAGAGAUCAACCAAUCAGAACAGUGAUGACAAAGGGAGUGGCUGGCAUUGGGAAAACAGUCUUAAUACAAAAGUUCACUCUGGACUGGGCUGAAGACAAAACCAACCAGAACAUCCAGUUUAUAUUUCCAUUCACCUUCAGAGAGCUGAAUGUCCUGAAAGAAAAAAAGUUCAGUUUGGUGGAACUGAUUCAUCAUUUAUUUCCUGAAACCAAAGGAAUCAGCAGUUUUGAAACGUUUCAGGUUCUGUUCAUCUUUGAUGGUCUGGAUGAAAGUCGACUUGAUCUGGAUUUCAACAACAAUCCGUUCCUGACUGAUGUUACAGAGUCCAGCUCACUGGAUGUUCUGCUGACAAACCUCAUCAGGGGGAAACUGUUUCCUUCUGCUCUCCUCUGGAUAACCACACGACCUGCAGCAGCCAAUCAGAUCCCUGCUCAGUGUGUUGGCAUGGUGACAGAGGUCAGAGGGUUCAAUGACCCCCAGAAGGAGGAAUACUUCAGGAAGAGAUUCAGAGAUGAAAAGCAGGCAAGAAGGAUCCUUUCCCACAUCAUGACUUCAAGAAGUCUCCACAUCAUGUGUCACAUCCCAGUUUUCUGCUGGAUCACUGCUACAGUUCUGGAUGAUAUGAUAAAGACCACAGAGGGAGGAGAUCUGCCCAGCACCCUGACUGAGAUGUACAUCCAUUUCCUGGUGGUUCAGACCAAAGUGAGGAAGGUGAAAUAUGAUGGAGGAUCUGAAACAGAUCCACACUGGAGUCCAGAGAGCAGGAAGAUGAUUGAGUCUCUGGGAAAACUGGCUUUUGAUCAGCUGCAGAAAGGAAACCUGAUCUUCUAUGAAUCAGACCUGACAGAGUGUGGCAUCAAUAUCACAGCAGCCUCAGUGUAUUCAGGAGUGUUCACACAGAUCUUUAAAGAGGAGAGAGGUCUGUACCAGGACAAGGUGUUCUGUUUCGUCCAUCUGAGUGUUCAGGAGUUUCUGGCUGCCCUUCAUGUUCAUCUGACCUUCAUCAGAUCUGGUGUCAAUCUGCUUGAAGAAUGUGAGCCAGAAGAUAAGGAGUCAGCAGUGGCUAAUUUACAUCAGAUCGCUGUGGACAAGGCAUUACGAAGUCCAAAUGGACACCUGGACUUGUUUCUCCGGUUCCUCCUGGGUCUUUCACUGCAGGCCAAUCAGAGACUCCUACAUGGUCUCCAGACACAGAAGGCAAGAAGCUUACAGAAAAACCAGGAAACAAUUCAGUACAUAAAGCAAAAGAUCAGUGACAAUGUGUCUAUAGAUAAAAGCAUCAACCUGUUCUACUGUCUGAAUGAGCUCAAGGAUUGUUCCUUACAGGAGGAGAUCAGAAAGUACCUCAAAUCAGGAAGUCUCUCCACAGAUAAACUGUCUUCUACUCAGUGGUCAGCUCUGGUCUUCAUCUUACUGUCAUCUGGAAAAGAUCUGGAUGAGUUUGACCUGAAGAAAUACUCGGCCUCAGAAGAGGCUCUCCUCAGACUGCUGCCAGUGGUUAAAGCUGCUAAGAAAGCUGUGUUGAGUGGCUGUAACCUGUCAGCAAGAAGCUGUGAAGCUCUUUCCUCAGUUCUGGGUUCCCAGUCAUCUAGUUUGAGAGAGCUGGACCUAAGUAACAACGACUUGGAGGAUUCUGGGAUAAAGCAACUGUGCCAAGGACUGGAGAGUCCAUGUUGCAAACUGGAAACGCUCAGUCUUUCAGGCUGUCUGAUCUCAGAGAAAGGCUGCUCCUCUCUGGCUUCGGCUCUGAUCUCCAACCCCUCCCACCUGAGAGAGCUGGACCUGAGCUACAACCAUCCAGGAGAGUCAGGACUGCAGCUGCUCUCAGCCAGUCAAAAGAUUCCCGAUUGCAGACUGGACACCAUCAGAGCUGAACCUGGUUCUGUCCAGUGGUUGAAACCAAACUUCAGAAAAUACUUCUGUGAGCUCACACUGGACCCAAACACGGCUCACAAGUUCCUCAAACUGUCUGAGAACAACAGGAAGGUGACCGACUUACGGAAGGAACACCCAUACCCUGAUCACCCAGCAAGAUUUGACUACUGGCCCCAGGUGCUGUGUGAAACUGGUUUGACUGGUCGCUGUUACUGGGAGGUUGAAUGGGUUGGAAAGGUUUAUGUUGCAGUGAGCUACAGAGGGAUUGGAAGAAAUGGUGACAGCGAUGGCUCCAAGUUUGGAGGGAAUGAUCAGUCUUGGUGUCUUGCCUGUACUGAUGGAGGAUUCAGUGCUUGGCACAACAACAGCGGGUCACCGAUUCCUCUUCCUUCCUCGCCCACCGUCUCUCACCGUGUUGGAGUCUAUGUGGACCGUCCUGCUGGUAUCCUGUCCUUCUACAGAGUCUCUGGUGAUGUGGUGACCCACCUCCACACCUUCAGCACCACAUUCACUGAACCUCUUUAUGCUGGAUUUGGUUAUGGGGUCAAAUUGAAUUCCUCUGCUCUUUUGUGUCAGCUGUAAGCAAACAGGAUGUGAUUUGAUUAACUUGAUAAAAAAAAUAUUCCUGUAUAUGAGAUCAAACUAGAACAGGAAGAGGAGGCAUCUUCAAAUGUUCAAAAUGAAACUGUAGAAUCUGUAUUUAUUUUCACAAGCACAUAAAACUUUGUUUGGUGAUUAAAUUAUUACUUUACUCCUUAUAAUAAGGUGGGGUGUAAUUAGCCUCUUAAGUUUGUAUUAAACAGUAAUGAACCUGUAUAUUUUUUGUCAUGUGCAACAUAGAAAAUGCAAUGAUAUUGUUAUUGAUUUUAUUUAUUUUAAAAAUUAUUUUACUUAUGAAGUAUUUGCUUCUAUCUGUGAUGUCAUACUUAUCAGCUGCUCCCGUCUUUUGCAAUUCCAGGGGCACAGAAAUUUAUACCAGAGCAACAUAUCCCUACAUUUUCCUCACAUCUUUCCAUGCUAAUACAUCAUUAUAUUUAUUUAAAAAUUUUCCUCAAAAAUGGUCUAAAACAUUAGAUGUGAUGUUGAUACCCACCUGCAGGUGGCAGUAUUUACCUCCACUACACUCCUGUCAGACUUUCUUGAUGUCAAGUCAUAGCUUGUGAUUGACAGAGUAUAAAAACUGUGAGUAACUUAUUUAUGUUCAUUUAAGAAUAAAAAUGUUUGUGUGUUCAAGUCUGCAAUUUUUAAAUCUUUUUUUCUUCUAUAUGUAGAUUUUGAAAGACGUUUAAUGAAUAAAGAUCAGUAGCACCACAAAAUAAAAAACAAAAUCAAUUGCAAAAAUUCUCUAGAGAGACUGACAUGUUGAUGUUAAACCUUUAAAAAUAAAAACCUAAAAUUC